UUCAAUUAAGUGGGACGGAAGAAUUACUUUAGAUUCGGCUCAAACAAGCACACUUCUAAAACACAUUCGCCAAUGGAUAUCAAACUAGUACCGUAUGAAAGGAGGACGAAGACUGAUGAAACGGAACGCCAUUCUUAUCUCAGGAAGAUCUUAUCUCAAAUUUCAGGAAAAGGUGAAAAAGCGGACAAGGGUUUAGUGGAGACAAAGAGUUUGGAUCGAGAAGACGGUGGACUUGAGAAGACAGAGAACAGUCAGGCACCGUUUUUAUUCAUUCCCCGUGGACAAAGAUCUAGGGGAAGAGUUGCAAAGAGGCGAACUGCUGAGUUACUUCAUACGGCUGAAGGGGAUUUUGCAGAAGAAAUUGUGGAGGAAUGCCAAAGUCCACGCAAAUGUCAAAAGAGAAAAUGUAGACAUAAAACAAAUUCGAGUAACUUGAAAGGCAUUCCUGCCCGUCGUUCUCGUCCUGCUAGACGAUCAAGGGGGGUUAGCAAUACAACCUCGAACCUACGAGGAAAAAUAAAUGAUGCAUUAUUCCAACGCUGCUUUCUGAAAAUAUGGGAGGAAUCUCCUGAAGAGAAAAGGAAUUUGUGUACAUUUAUGGAAUGUAUAUGGUUUUCCAUGUACACAAAUGAUCAUUGGCGGAAAAGGGUGCUGACGUGGAUUAAGAAAAUCAACAUAUUCUCAAAAGAAUAUGUUUUGGUUCCAAUUGUUUUAUGGUCUCACUGGUAUCUCCUAAUCUUUUGUCACUUGGGUGAAAGUUCAGAGUCAAAAACUAGAAAUCCGUGCAUUUUAUUAUUGAAUUCACUGCGUGAAUUGGAUAGGGGGCUUGAACCUCUAAUAAGAAGGCUUGUCAUAGACAUAUAUGAAACAGAGGAGAGGCCGGUGGACAAGAAACUAAUUACAAAAAUUCCUCUUUUAGUUCCUAAGGUUCCACAGCAGACAAACAGUGAGGAAUGUGGCAUUUUCGUUCUGUAUUAUGCCAACCUAUUCUUACAGAAUACUCCGGAAAAUUUUAGCACUUCUGAUGGCUACCCUUACUUUAUGAAAGAUGACUGGUUCGGUAAGGAAGAGUUAGAGGGCUUCUGUAAAAGACUGGAGGCAGUUGAAGCCGAAUCUCAUGAUGUUGAUGAAUGACCUCCUGAAAUUUUGUUAUAAUAAAAUCCUAGUUGAUCAUAUCUUGAUUGUAAACUGGAUGAAUAGUAUCGUAUUUGACUGGGACUUGGAUCGUGACAUGUAAACUUUCAUGUGUUUUAGGAUCGACCUUGGAUCAUGUAUGCUCUUAUGUUGUAUUUUGUUCGAGAAUUAAGAUGGAAAUAUUGUCUUUUCGUCUUGUUUA